AUGUUACCACCGUCACUGUUACUGUUUCUAGGAGCGAUGAUGAAGGCGCAGGUGAAGAACAACCCAUGGUUCAUUGAAAAAGGGGCAGUGAUUCAAUUGAUUAUGCAACUCUUGCGGUUGUUCUAUUUGGUUGCUGAGCUGGAGAAAGUUUUCCCUAUUAUUGGUAUGGUUCCUGAGGAUGAGGUGGAUAAGAUGAGGAAUGAGUUGGUCGUGUUGCAGAAUGAAAGGGCUAUCCUUGAGAGGAACUUGGCGGGUUAUCGAGAUAUGGAGGAGGUGGUUGCUAUGUUAAAGGCUUCAAUAACAUCUCUUGAAUUGGAUAACACUGGGUUCUUGGAUAAAAUAGCAAUGUUGGAGCAUGGUGUUCGAAAGUUAAAGAGUGAUUUGAAUGAAUCUACUUUGAAAAACACAUAUUUAUAG